UACAAAACACACGCUAGUUAACGUUACACACAGUACCUCUUUUUAGUUUUGAUGCGAGUUUUACUGACGCUGUAGAAAUUUUAAAUAACUAUCUAACGUAAAUAACUAAAGUCUUGCUGAUCUUUUUUGUUGUCGUGAGCCUUAGGUUGUAAGAGGUGUUUAAGGGGUUACGACUGCUAAAGGGAUAACGUUAGGUCAUCCAAUAAAUAAUAAUAAUAUAUUCUAUCAUCAUUUGCUCACUCUUAUGUUGCUUUAAAAUCGUUUGACAUUCUUCUCUUGAACUUAAAAGUGAAGCUCUGGCGUUCUCUCUGGUGACUGAGAUUAAUCAUGCCAUGGCCAGGCUUGUGGACAUAUGGGACAGUAUCGGCAUCAUGGAGGAGCAGAGGGUCGAACGAAUGCAAACUGUGAAAAAACAUAUAGAUGAGCUUUUGCAUUCAAUGAUUAUGGAGGAAGAGGCCUUAAGACAUCGCAUCAAAACCGAUGUCAUUACCUUCCAGAAACAAUUGGAUACACUGUGCUUGGAACUGGGACUGGAACCAUACAAAUUGGAGCAAGACCUUACAGUCCUCCAGAUGGAGAAGAACCUGCGGUGCCAUGUUGAAUCUCUUCUAAAGGAGAGGAAUGAACGUUUAAGAGAGCUGAGUGAUUUGAAGAAGCAGGACGAGGAUUUGUGCGUAACUUUGUGCUCUACUCCAUAUUACAUCCCAUCGGGAAGUGUGCCUUCUCGAACCCAGCUGCAGGAACUCCAGGAACAUGUUGAGAAACUCGUCAAAGAAAAAGUGAACAGGGAGAAGGUGUUCUCUGGGCUCAGGGAGGACAUCAGGAGCCUGAUGGACGAGAUGGGACAUGAACCGGAGAGCAGUCUGGAACGGGAGUCCAUCUGCCCUGACACUGAUAUUUUUCUACUCACGCAUGAUAAUAUCAAAGCCUUGAAACUGCUGCUCAGCCAGCUUGAAAUGAAAAAGGAAUCCUUGAUUUCAGCCCGAGACAAACUCAAAGAGCGAGCUACGAGCCUGUGGAAUCGUCUGAGUUGUCCUGAGCCGGAAGGCGAGGCAUUCCGAGAGGCUGCUAUGAGCACUCUAUCUGAUGAUAUCAGACGGUGGCAGGGCUAUGUGGAACAUCUGGAAGAGCUACAGAUGGCUCAGCUGGAGGAGGUGAUUGAUAAGGUCCGACAGGAGCUUAUGGUUCUGUGGGACAAAUGCUUGCUUGGACCAGAACAGAGAGAGCCGUUCAGUGUUCACUUCUGUGAUGAUCACUACACAGAGGAGCUGCUGGCCCUCCAUGACACUGAGCUGCUGAGAAUGAAGGCUUUCUAUGAGGCAGCACAGCCCAUACUGGAGGACCUGGAGAAAUGGCAGAGGAACUGGGCUCUUUUUCAAGAGUUUGAGAGAAAGGCUGCAGAUCCCAAUCGCUUCAGUAACAGAGGAGGAUCUCUGCUCAAAGAGAGUAAGGACAGGGCCAAAGUGCAGAAACUGCUUCCAAAGCUGGAAGAGGAGUUAAGAAGCCAUGUGGAAGUUUGGGAAAAGAAUCAGGGGACUUCCUUUCUUGUGCAAGGUCAAAGGAUCAUGGAUUACAUCUCCAGCCAGUGGGAAGAGCAUCGCUUGCAGAAAGACAAGGAGAAGAAUGAACGGAUGACAAAGAAAACAGAAACCUCUCAGUUUAAAACUCCGACAAAGAGACCCCUCGGAUCAACAUAUACCACCCCCACCCCUAACAAAAUCAAAAAGAUGCCCAAUAUGUUGGCUCCUCGCACUGCCACCGUGAGCAGCGUCAGUAGCUCCAGCAGCAACAGUGGCGGCUCAUCCACCACAUUUCUGUGUGUGCCAGGAAGACCUCAACUCUCUGCCAAGAGGACCAAGACUACAGAGGCCAGUUCUGGCCCACGUGUGCCGCUGCAGGAGUUCAACAGUGACAAGAAACCGCUUCCAAUCAGCUACUCGGCCUUUACCAGCGAGCUCUCCAGGAAAGCCAACAAUGAUGCUUUUCUCAAUUCCACCGUUAAAGACAUGCUUUGAUUGGACUGCCAACAUUUGAUACUUUUUUUUAUUAUUUAUUUUUUUAUGAUGUUUAGGUCACAAAUAAUAAUGUCAGGAUUGGGACUGUACAGGAUACAACUAUUCUCAGGUGUUUGUCUUAUUUACCUUUGACCAAUGCAGUGACUUUCCAGAGACAUUGUUUUGCUUGUUUUAAAAGUCACAAUUAUACAUAUUUUUUUAUCUGCUUUAUUUUUUGUCAUUGUUUAUUUGCUCAGUCAGAUUCUGUAUUUAUUAGCUCAUAAAAGGUCAGUCAUUUGCUUGUUAAUAUACAGCACUUUUAAUAAAAUGCUUUUUAUACAUUUCAAA